AUGGUGCCCAAAUAUUUCGCCGCACUCGAGAAGAUGGUGGCUGGUAAGUUCAUCCUUGGCGACAAGCUGUCGUACGCCGAUUUGCAAUUCCUCGACUUCGUUGACAACAAACUCAAGUGGGCGUUCCCUGACUUCAAGUUGGACGGCUUCCCCAAGCUCACGGCGCUGCUGAGCAAUGCCAAGGCGGAGCCCAAGAUUGCCACCUACCUGUCGAAGCAAUAA